AUGUCAUAUUACUUUUCGAACAGCGUAGUCCCGGUUGUAGCAACCUUUGCGGCGAUAGCGUUAUCUAUUCCUUUUCUAUUACCGACGACUAAAAAAUCAAAGCAAAAAAAACGCCGUAAGCAGAAUCAAAAUACCAAAAGAAUAACAAAUGGCCAAGAGAACACGUGUGUCUAUGGUCUUAUCAAUGGUGGAAACAAUACUUGUUUCUUGAAUUCGGUUUUACAAGCGUUAGCUUCGUUAACACUACUUCGAAGUUAUCUUUAUCGUAAGGUUAAAAACGAACAGACGGAAGUAGUGCCAGUAGCAUUUACGUUACAUGGCCUCCUUGAAAAGCUCAAUGAACCCCUAUCUCGUCAUAAAUCCUUUCUACCGAGUGAAAUUGUCUGGGCUUUACAAGCUAAUGCAAGAAGUCUUAUCAAUCGUGAGCAGCAGGACGCACAUGAAUUGUUUGCUUUAUUAUCUUCCGCACUUUCUGACGAAGAGGAGGCAAUGAAACGCCCUAAGCCAUUGUUUGACCUUUCUAUUAUCAAGAAUCUUGUGGAUCCGAAUUUCCAACAGAUUUUACCCGCUUUCACUGAUCCUGUGGAAAAAAAUCCUUUGCUUGGAUUGACGGCAUGUCGUAUUUCUUGUAUGCAAUGCGGCCAUUCUGGUCCGAUCAGGCACACUACUUUUGAUCAUAUUUCGGUGCCCCUUCCUCAUGCCGCUAAUUGUACUUUGGAACAAGUACUCAGAGCUUAUACUAGCUUGGAAUUUAUCGAUGAAUUUACUUGUCGAAAUUGUAGUUUAUUAGAAACUUUGUCGUCGAUAGAAGAACGACUAAAACAAAUUCGUGGUGAAGAUGAUUGUGAAACAAUGAAAUUACGAAAAAAAUUAAUUGCCGAGAAGCAAAUAGUCAAAGUAGCUAUGACGAACGAAAUGGAAAUUAAAGACCAAUUGGUGGCAGCGACUUUUAAGAAUGUCAAGACUUCAGCUACCAAGCAAACUAUGUUUGCAAGAUUGCCAUCAAUUUUUGCAAUUCAUUUUUCAAGGACUAUAUAUGUGCCGAAUGCAUUUGGCGGUAUGAUGUUAAAGAAUCCAUGUCAAGUUAAAUUUCCCGCUGUAUUUAAUAUGGAAUCAUUUCUUUCUACCGGAUAUUUGGCAAAUAUGCCAAGUGAGCCGAGUUUAUCCUCGAGCAAUUCUCCAUCAUCAUCUCCUAUCUUAGCAGCGGUCGGUGUGAUGAGUGGUGGACAUUUACAGCAAUAUGAUAAUAAACCAUUUAAUUCAAUUGCCAGUAACAAUUAUUGUUAUGGAACAAGUGAAACGAAAGAAGAUUUGCGUGGACGCUAUUAUAGCUUAAGUGCAGCGAUUGUGCAUCUUGGAGACCAUAGUCGAGGACAUUUUGUCACUUAUCGAAGACAAUUAAAAGAGGAUGGUUCGAGUACUUGGUGGCGCACCUCAGAUGAAGAUGUUCGAGAAGUAGGAAUUGAUACUGUUUUAAGAGAAGAAGCUUAUAUGCUAUUUUAUGAGAAGAUGGAAAAAGUGGAUCCAUAA